GCACUUUUUCGCGUGUGUUUGAGAGCGAAGCAGCAAAGCUGAAUUUUUAGAAUUUGCCAAAUUUAUUACACGCGAUAAAAUUACAGAAUAGCACUGAAAAUGUCUACUACAGAUGUGACAAUGGAAUCAAUUGUAGAACUCGAUGGCGCCGGCCUCACACCCAACGCUAACGCUAAUACCAAUGCGAACAAUGUGAUGAAGAGACUGCCCAAUGACACUGAAUCUGCUAAUCCGGGUGAAGGGCAAGCUAAUCCUGAUGAGAUGACAUCAAGGGAUUAUUACUUUGAUUCAUAUGCACAUUUUGGUAUUCACGAGGAAAUGCUGAAGGAUGAGGUGCGAACGGUCACAUAUCGCAAUGCGAUGUAUCACAAUAAGCAUCUGUUCCAAGGCAAGACCGUCCUUGAUGUUGGUUGCGGGACUGGUAUACUAUCAAUGUUUGCCGCUAAAGCUGGAGCUGCCAAAGUAGUAGCGGUAGACUGCUCGAAUAUUAUAGAGUUUGCUCGACAAGUUAUUAUAGACAACAAUUUGCAAGAUAUCAUUACUGUGGUAAAAGGUAAAAUUGAGGAGAUUGAAUUGCCAAAUGGAAUUGAAAAGGUGGAUAUUAUCAUAUCUGAAUGGAUGGGCUAUUGCCUAUUCUAUGAGUCUAUGUUGGACACGGUUCUGUAUGCACGUGAUAAGUGGCUCAAGCCCACUGGCAUGAUGUUCCCAGAUAGGGGUACACUUUAUAUCACAGCCAUCGAGGAUCGGCAGUACAAGGAUGAGAAGAUCAACUGGUGGGAUGAUGUGUAUGGUUUUGACAUGAGCUGUAUACGCAAAGUGGCGGUAACUGAACCACUUGUGGAUGUUGUGGAUCCUAAACAGGUUGUGUCCACUGCUUGCAUGGUAAAGGAAGUGGACUUGUAUACAGUGCAGAAAGCCGAUUUGAAUUUCUCGUCAAAGUUUAACUUGACCAUUAAGCGCAAUGACUUUGUGCAGGCAUUAGUGACAUAUUUCAACAUUGAAUUCACCAAGUGUCACAAGCGUCUUGGUUUUAGCACUUCACCCGAUUCCACAUAUACCCAUUGGAAGCAGACGGUCUUCUACUUAGAUGAUCAUUUGACUGCUAAGAAGAAUGAGGAAAUCAGUGGCACGUUUCAAAUGAAGCCAAAUGAACGCAAUAAUCGCGACUUGGAUUUCGUCAUAGAUAUUAGCUUCAAGGGAGAGCUGUCCGAAAUUCAAGAAUCAAAUACAUACCGCAUGCGUUAAUAUUUGCCAUUUUACCACCUUGGCCCUUUGGCUCACGUCCUUCUUAUUGAGAGGGUAUGAAUAAAUAUGACUAGACGUAAGAUAUAUUCCAGUGCGAAACGUGCAACGAAUUUGUGUUGCGUCUUUUACUAAGUUUAAAGUGUACCUAUUUUAGUAUACAUAAUUUUACAAUUGUGCGCCUGUUUAAAUUAUAUUUCAAGAAUAUUGCUAAGGAAAUUGUACAGUAGCACGCAUCGUUUCAUACAAAAACAAAACAUAAAUAAAGUGUGCAUGCCACACAAUUUUG